ACGAACGUGUGAUUGGAUGUGAAAACAUUUGACCACGGUUUGCUAAGCAAUUGAAUUGAAUUAAUUAUCCAAACAAUUAGUGGACAGCGGAGUGAGUGAUGGCUGGACUGGUGUCGACGCUAUACCGAAGUGUACUGAACAGGACGUCCACGACAAUGGUUGUGGUGAUAUUGGGGGCCCUUUUCUACGAGAGGGGCGCCUCUAUGAUCAGCGAUUCAAUCUUCGAUAGCGUCAACCGAGGGAAACAGUGGAAAGACAUCAAACACUUGUACGAGAACUGAAUGGACCGCUGAUUACGGAUUCAAAACACAUUUAUUGAACACUUAGUCGACAAACAAUUUAGAGAUUAUAAUAAUAUGUAAAC